AUGGGUUCACUGUGGAAAUCAUGUACAUCUGUUCUUUCGAACCCCUAUCUUAACCGUGGCACCGCUUUUACACUCGAACAGCGUAAGCUUCUUGGUAUUGUUGGAAAGCUUCCGCCAGUCGUAGAGACCUUGGAGCAACAGGUGGAACGUGUGUGGCAGCAGCUCAAACACUAUGAAAAUCCCCUUGACCAGUACAUCCAUCUGUCUGCAGUUCAGGCACAAAACGCAACGCUCUUCUACGCUCUGGUGAUGGCACACAUUAAUGAAAUUCUCCCUAUCAUAUACACCCCAACCGUAGGAGAAGCAUGCCAGAAAUUAAGUAACAUUUUCCUGCACAAUCAUGGUGUAUUUCUAAAUCAUUUAUGCAAAGGCCAAUUCAGGGAAGUUAUGAGUCAGAUAUACCAUGGGGAUGUUAAAAUAAUUGUCAUUACCGACGGCUCACGUAUCCUCGGGCUGGGGGAUCUCGGCUGCAACGGUGUCGGCAUCAGCAUUGGCAAGUCCUCCCUCUACGUCGCGGGUGCUGGGUUAGAGCCCAGUCAAGUGAUGCCCGUCGUGCUGGACGUCGGCACGAACACGGAUAAGAUCCGCGAGAACCCCUUCUACUUCGGCAUAAAACAGAAGCGGUGCGGCGAUGCCGAGUUCUACGGCCUGAUGGAUGAGUUCAUGGAGGCUGUGACGAAGCAGUGGCCCGGUGCUGUGGUGCAGUUCGAGGACUUCAGCAACAACCAUUGCUUCAACAUCCUAUCGCGCUACCAAGAGAAGUACCGCUGCUUCAACGACGACAUACAGGGAACGGGUGCCGUGAUUGCUGCGGGCUUCCUCAACGCGGUGAAGCUGUCGAAGAUGUCCCCCAAGGAUCAUCGGAUCAUCUUCGUUGGCGCUGGCUCCGCGGCGACGGGUGUGGCGGAGUGUAUUGCGAAACUUGAGGCCCGGCUCCACAAUCUUAACUAUGAGGAUUUGCUCCCGACAUUCUACUUCAUUGACUCCAAGGGUUUGGUGACGAACACCCGCGGUGACAAGCUCGAUGCCCACAAGGUGUCAUGGGCCCGCAAGGACAUAUCGGCCGAGGACAGCCAGAAGCUCAAGACCCUCGAUGAUGUCGUGAAGCGCGUGAAGCCGACCGCACUGAUCGGUCUCGGUGGCGUGCCCUCCGUGUUCACUGAGGGGAUCAUCAAGUUCAUGACCACCUACUGCGAGCGCCCCAUCGUCUUCCCGCUGUCGAACCCCACCAGCCAGGCGGAGGUCACGCCAGAUGAGGCGUACCGGUGGACCAACGGCAAGGCGAUCAUCGCCUCCGGGAGCCCGUUCCCAGAGACCGUCCUCGACGGGAAGACCCUGAAGCCGUCCCAGGGCAACAACCUCUACGUCUUCCCGGGCAUCGGGCUGGGCUGUGCUCUCUGUAGCCCGCGAUAUAUCCCAGAUGAUCUUUUGGUUGUAGCAGCGGUAUCCUUAAACACUAUGACCUCUGAGGAUCAUCUUUCUAAAGGCGCUUUAUAUCCUCCGUUAGACAAUAUUCGUGAUAUUUCAGCUCAGAUUGCUACUGAUGUUAUUUUAGAAGCACAAAGGCUGGGAAUUGAUGGUAAUACUACAUUGCCACGUGAACGCAAUUUACUUUUAUCAGAAGUCAAGAAAAAUCAAUGGUCUCCAAUGUAUUCUGAGCAACUUUCUCUUUGCUAG